CAUUUGAUAUACGCGUAGUUUAUUUUAAAUUGUAAUCGAUACAUAAUAGACACGUAAUAAGAUAAUCUCAAAAAUCAUGCUCCAUUGCACAAAUAGAUUAAAUCAAACUCCAUAAUUAAUGAAGUUACUUGUAACGUAACAAAUCGAUUUAUUUACGCUUAUAAAAGUUCCAGGCAGUUUAUGUUGCACAGUAAUUGAAUACUUUCUUUUCUGCCCAUUCGUACAAUGAAGGGACGAUUAAUAUGGUGGUGGAAGAUUAUUAAACAAUAUUUACAAAACUGUAGCGUACAUGGCGUCAGAUAUCUGGUCGAUGACAAUAUUACAUAUGCGGAAAGUUACGAUCAAGGAUGCGGUGACAAAUUUUAUUAAGUCUCCCGUUGCUGUAACCACCGAGACUAUGUAUCUCGAUUGGGAGACACCUUUUCCCGCCAUUGCUUUUUGCAUUUCUACCAGCAAAAAAAUUAAGACUGACUAUUCUAACACCAAUCCAGGAAUGUUGCCGAAUAAUUUCAAACGUGCUUUGUUUAAAACAUCGGCUGAGGAUCUUUUGCUUGCUUACGAAGGGUUGAAAGCGCCCUGUGCGGACUUUCUUGCCGAAUGCAGUUGGAACAAUGUGAAGUUCAAUUGUUGUACCGAAUUUCAAGAAUUAAAGAAAACUGGCAUCGGAUAUUGUGUCGCGAUGAAUACUUACCACUUGAAGAAAACUAAUCAACCGAGUGUACGAUUUUUCAUCAACCGCACCGUGAAAUACGGCGAUCUGAUAAUUGAUUUCAAGCUAAACGCGAAGGCGAAGGAACACUCUCACUCUUCAUUUACAGUGCACGUCCUCAACAACCUGCAGCUACCGAUGCUCACCAACAUAGAAAAGGACGAGAUCCGCAUGAAGCGUGGCAGUACAACUCCGGUUCAGUUCAUAAUGUAUGAUACAUUCAACGAGGAUGGAGUGAAGUACGUCCCGAUUAUGCAUAGAAAUUGCCGCUUUAUGUACGAGAAUCGCGUUGACAGUCUGUUUGACAUUUAUAGUAGCGACUCGUGUUAUCUUCAGAUGAUAAUAGAACGGAUGAUAAAGUUCUGCGGUUGUGUGCAUUUUUAUUAUAUCGUACCGUCUGGAGCGAGGGUUUGUAACGGAAGCGAAAUGCGCUGCAUAAUCGCCAACAAGACGGAAAUCAUGUCCAAGUCGGAGAAACUCGAACAAUGCAACCCGAAUUGCGAGGGAACGUCUCUGAUCAUAAACCGAAUGGAAUCUUCUGAGUAUGACUCUCUGGAUCGUUCCUCCUCAAGAGUCCAUGUUAUUCUACUUUCGCAACCGGUGAAGAGAUAUCGCCGAUACGUGGUCAACGACAUAUUGGAUGUAAUAGUUGCAGUCGGAAGCGCUUUCGGCCUCUUCAUGGGCGUCAGUAUUUUGAGCUUCUUCGAAAUACCGUAUUGGUUCUUUAUACGUCGAGAUAAACUGGAGAACAAUUUUUCUUGAAUCAACGUUUUGAAAGUCACAGAUUGUUUGAUAUCACGGGUGCAAUCGAUACUGUUCGUUUUACAACGACA